AAGAAAACCACCAGUCAGAGCAGCAGGUCGGUCGAGUGUGCUCCGUGAAAAUCAAACUAUUUUGUGGUAAAAAGUGCGUGAAUCCGUUCAAACCUGGUUGCAAAUGUGGCGCGAGUGUAAUUGUUAAGUGCUGAAUAUGGUGAAAAAUGGAUGCCCCGCUUGAAUUAUGGUGAAAACUAGUGAAAUUUGAGCCGUCGAUACGCCUUUCUGGUUGGUCUUCAGCGAGACGGAAGAGAAGGCACUCUUGCGAAGGACGGAACUCACCGAGGGUUUUCUAGUUGUGUGUGGGGGACACUACAUUGAAACAAAAGUUGUUCGGUGGUAGUGGUGAGUGUCGGAUACAGUACUCACAUUCGGUAUCUCGGAUAUCAUCCGUCAAAAAGAGUUUGCCAAGAAGGCGUUUUGUGAUUAGUGAGAAAAACAAAUCAAAAUAUUCUGAUGGAUUAGCCGACAAAACUUUUUGAAGUCGCAUCACUAUGGAAGAGCAAAGUGUGCUGAACACGAAUAUUUUAGUUCCAGAAUUAUAUUUCCUGAUUUCCAAGUUUUUGGCCGAUGGACCGCUGCGGGAAACUGCCAAGGUUUUGGCCCAGGAAUUGGAGCAUUUAAAUAUCUUGCCCCGCCGUUUGGAUUGGACCGGCCAAGAGCAUCGCCAAACGCUUGAUGAGUUGGAACGAAAAUACCCUCACAUCGGACCGCAGCAUUUGGUAGAGCUAUGUGCCCGCAUUGGACCACUAUUGGACAAGGAACUGGCUCCCGCCGUUCCUGGUGUACUUUCACUUCUUGGAGCAGGUCGUCAAAGCGGCCUGCGCACCAAAGAAAGUGUGACUCGCCCCCGUCAAUUAACCGACUAUUAUACCCGGCUGCAUCAUAUGCCACUGGCAGAUGCGGUCCACCGGAACAACACUCACAACAUAGUCAAAGUGCUAUACGGUCGGGAAAGCGCCGGUCCACUUAUUCGCAGACAAGCGAUCCCUACCUCAUUUUACUCCAAGCAAACACUCCAACGACGAACUUUGGGCCACCUUUCCGCGGUAUAUUGUGUCCUGUUUGAUCGAACCGGAAAGUACAUCAUAACUGGUGCGGAUGAUUUGCUGGUAAAACUGUGGAGUGCGAUAGAUGGACGCCUGUUGGCAACAUUCCGUGGCGCGUCCGCUGAAAUUACCGACAUCGCCAUAAAUUUGGACAACACAAUGUUGGCCGCAGGAUCGCUGGAUCGGAUAUUACGAGUAUGGGAUAUGCAAUAUGGUGGCCCAAUUGCAGUGCUGUCCGGACAUACAGGAAUGAUUACAUCGGUCAAUUUCUGCCCCUCACCUAAGGCAGAUUUGCGUUACCUCGUAACUACCAGCACAGAUGGGUCGGUUGCUUUCUGGGAAUAUUCUACACGAGGUGGUAAGGCCAAUUUCAAUUCUAAGCCAGUCAUGUAUCACGAGAAACUCAGACCUGGUCAAGCGCAAAUGAUUUGUGCAUCGUUCUCGCCCGGCGGAAUAUUCCUUGCGGCUGGAUCAGCCGAUCAUCAUGUUCGAGUGUAUUUAAUGUCGGAGGAUGGACCAAAGCGAAUACUGGAAACUGAAUCACACUCGGAUACAGUGGAUUCCAUUCAGUGGGCGCACAAUGGCUUGAGGUUCAUCUCCGGAAGCAAAGACGGCACGGCGCUUCUGUGGCACUUUGAAACGCAGCAAUGGAAAUCAACUCGCCUGAGUAUGGUUGAACGCUUGCCCAGUUGUCCACCCCAGACGCCGGAGGAGAGUUCUACGAAGCCGAAGGUGACGAUGGUUUCGUGGGACAAAACGGACGACUGGGUUAUAACGGCAGUGAAUGACUUCACCAUCAAAAUUUGGAAUGCUCACACUGCAAAGCUACACAAGGUGCUGCGUGGCCAUACCAACGAGAUUUACGUCUUGGAAUCGCAUCAAAAAGACUCCGGAGUAUUGCUAUCUGCCGGACACGACGGACAAUUGUUUAUUUGGGACAUUGUGAAAGGAGUAUCUUUGGCUAAUUUCCUGAACCACAUUGAUGGUCAAGGCGAUGGGGGCAUCUUUGAUGCAAAAUGGUCCCCGGAUGGCAACAUGAUAGCUGCUACGGAUUCUCAUGGUCAUAUUUUGAUGUUUGGCUACGGUACCGGUCAUGAAAGGUUAACGCUUCUGCCAAAGGAGCUAUUUUUCCAUACGGAUUACCGUCCUCUUAUACGGGAUUCGUCUCACCAUGUAAUGGACGAACAAACGCAAACCAUGCCACAUUUGAUGCCGCCACCAUUUUUAGUAGAUAUCGAUGGCAACCCAUAUCCACCGGGCAUGCAGCGAUUGGUUCCGGGUCGAGAAAAUUGUCCUACUGAUCAGUUGAUUCCGAACAUUGGAAUUGGUCAUGCAGAGGGAGAAUUGGCACCAGAUGGCAAUGCUUAUUCCAACAUAGAUCGAAUGAUCGAAGCCCUGGCAAACCGUCAAGCCGGACCAGAUGGGGCAGAACAAGCUCCAGAUUCGAAUAAUGAUCCUGGUCGCAAUCGAAACGACGAAAAUCAGCUAAUCGAUGCAAACCGCCUCAACGGGCGGCCCCAGCAAGGAGUGCAACGUUUUGGUGCAAAUUGGCAUCACCGCGAAGGAGCUUUCAAGUUUCAUAGACGUCAGUACGUACGUCCCAUGGAGCAUUCUAAUCUUCAAAAUCUCAAGCAAAGGAUAUACGCCGCAGGAUUACAAGAACAUGAGAAAUAUCGACGGGAGAUGCGAAAGCGUCCACUUAUGAUCAACACAUCGAACAACAGUGGCUCAAACAGCAAUCAAGCGAAUAGACGUUCUGGAGGGCGGAACAAUUCAAGCCGACCAUCACGACGUUCUCAACCUAACGGGGAAGUCAAUGGGAGACAGCCUGCGUAUCGCACGCGUGCUGUACGUGAUAAUGAGCCAGAACCAGAAGUUCCUCCAGAGCAGCAGGAAUCUUCUACGAGUGAAAGCAGCAACAGCGAUGAUUCAACCGCUAUUGAAGAAGAGUUGGACCUCUCCGGUUCUAGUAGUUCCGAUACUGAUAGUUCGGACUAUUCCGAUUGGGUGUCACACGAACCUGGGCGCAAUCUGGAACCACCGAAAAGAUCUAAGCGAAAGCACGUUCAACGGAGAGCGUAUUCUCCGCCGGAGAUAGAUCAACCAGGACCGAGCAACAAUCGCCGGACAAAGGUACGAAAAAUUCCCAUCACUCGCGAUGGAGAAAUUCCAGAACCCUACAGACCCCCGGAAUGGUUGUCGGAAGUUAUCCCAAGGAAGGCUCCCUACUAUCCACAAAUGGGUGACGAAGUGGUUUACUUCCGUCAAGGCCAUGCACGAUAUCUUGAAGCUGUGCGAACGAAAAACGUUUACAAUCCUGGGAACAAGUGCGAACCUUGGGGUUCAAUCGAGCUGGAAGAUCACGAAUUCUGCAAAGUGAUUGGCAUCAAAUACGAAAUUCGUCCUCCACGGUUGUGUUGCUUGAAACUGGCCAUCCUGAACGAGGACAAUGUCCCUUCGGGUCGUUCAUUUGUCAUCAAGUAUCACGACAUGCCGGACGUGUUGGAUUUCUUGGUGCUGAAGCAAACUUUUGAUACUUCCGUGCGGCGUAACUGGGGUCCGGGAGAUCGGUUCCGCUGCAUGAUCGAAGAUGUCUGGUGGCUGGGUCAAAUCGAAUCUCUCAAUCAACUGUCGGCGGACUUCCCAGAUUCGUUGUUUAUGUGUUUCCGCGUCCGAUGGGAUAAUGGCGAGUAUGAGUUUAUGAGCCCUUGGGAUUUAGAACCGGUAGAUGAGAGCCGCCUGCCGAUCGAGGUUGGAGGAGCCGUUCCGGUGUUGCCGGAAGAGUUGAGGGCUACGUUGUACCAACCGAAGACUGAAGAAUGGCCAAGGGGUGAUCGAGAUGCGUCGUGUCGACGGAUCAUUGGAGGUCUGGAACAGGUGAUGGGUCUCGCGAUUGCAGAUCUGUUUCUAGCGCCGGUCGAUCUGAAUAUAUAUCCAGAAUAUGCAUUCGUGGUGGAAUAUCCGAUCGAUUUGAAUACAAUCAAGGCGCGGUUCGAAAAUCAUUUCUAUCGGCGCAUCACGUCGGCCCAGUUUGACGUACGUUACUUGGCGACGAAUGCGGAAAAGUUUAACGAAUCGCACAGCAAUAUCGUGAAACACGCUAGGAUUGUAACGGAUUUGUGUUUGAGAAUAUUAGGAGAAAUUAAUGACGUGGAUGUUCCUGCCGUGUACCAUCAGUUGGUGGACACGUACAUCUCGUCCGAUUCGGACAGUGAUAGUAAUCGACCGGGACCUUCUUCUGGCAGUAGCAACAACAACAACAGCAGCAGUAAUCGGCGGCCUCCUGCCGGUUCUAGAAGGUCCCGCAGAUUGGUUCCCGAAGGCGAUUGGCGUGUCGAUUGUCGUGAGCUGUUAGAAAUGAUAUGGCUGUGCGAUGACUCAGAACCUUUCCGGGAACCGGUAGAUACUCUUCAGCAUCCAGAUUACCUACAAAUAGUGGACACUCCAAUGGACUUGAGGACAAUCAAAGAGGAUCUAUUGGGUGGCAACUACGAAUCACCGUUAGACUUCUGUAAAGACAUGAAACUGAUAUUCCAGAACUCUCGCAACUACAAUACAAACAAGCGAUCAAGAAUCUAUUCGAUGACUCUGCGGUUAAGUACGCUAUUCGAGGCCCACAUUAAACCGAUCAUCUAUAACUGGAAAUCUGCCCGAAGGCGUGGCAAAGCAAAUGCUGCCAAGCGGGCAGGAGGUGGUGCAGGCGGAAGCAGUGCUGGUGGUGGACCCAGUGGUAGUGGGGCAGCCAAGAAUCGAAGAGAUGAUCGCAGUGGUCGUAGUGGUGGGGCAGGGCCAUCUAGCCGACGAUCGAAUCAAAGCCAAAACACCAGCUCAGCCAGGUCGCAUCCAUCAGAUGAUGACGAUGACGACGACGACGAUGAUGAAGCGAGUCCUCCAAAGAGACCUACCCGAAACGGAGCGGUUGCUUCCAGACGAGUGCCGCCGACAAAUGGCGUUUCGUCUAGCAGCAACGCAGUCGCCUCGGAGUCACAACCAGGACCGAGUCGCAGUCGAACAGCAACAGCGGCAGGAGUACCAACUGCUAGUUCAAGUCGCACCACGCGGCGAUCUCAGGAAGCAGACGAUGAAGAGGCAACGGUCAGCAGCAGUGAGAGUGAGAGUUCCAGUGAUUCUAGUGAUAGUAGCGAUGACAGCACUGGAGUGCCGGUGUCCCAUAAGAGAGAUUAUGACUCCGGUGAAAUAUACGAUCCGUACAAGAAGAAACGAAGGAAGAGGGCUAAACCGAAGAAAGCUAAGAAAAAUCCUCCAAAGAGUGCAGUUAGUUCUUCAACGCCUAGAAAGAAACCUCCCAGUACAAGUGCAACAAGAGGAGAACAUUUCAUGCCGGCUCGACAGGCACAGUCACAAAGGCCGAGAAAUGGCAAUGUCCCUACCCUGCCGAUUCCAGGUCCAUCUAGAGUGAGGCCACAUGUGCUCCAGGAAGAGUCACGGGAUGAGCGCAACAGGGAGCGGGAGACUGAGAAACCAAAGAGCAACGGUAGUGCAAGUGCGGGAAGCAGCCGGACACUCCGGAGUGCCCGAAACAAUACUGGAAGUGACAGUGAAGGUGAUGAUGCUGGAGAAGGUCCAAGUAAUGUGCGAAAACCUCUGAAGCGGCAUCAAAGAUACGAGUCGGAUCACAGCUAUCAUAUGGCACGUCCGAAAAAUUCUCGAAUUCUUUCCGAUUCGGACAACGAAGAAGAGUCGCCGCGGUCCACCCGAGGUAGCAUCCGAAGAGCCCAAGCGGAAUGGGGUAGAAGCGAAGACAGUCUGGAACCUCCCGAUGCAGAGGAACAACCAACUACAUCUCAGCAGUCUAGUCGAAGUAUGCGACCUCGAAAUCGAAUAUCCGACCAAGAGCACAGUCAAGAAGAAACGAGUAAUAUCAGCAAGCGAGGCUCGACUCAAAGAACCGCACCGUCAGCAAGCAGCAGUAGCAGCAACCGUCCACGAAAUUGGAUAGCCAGCGAAAGCGAAAAUGACCAUCAAUUGCAAUCUCCUGAACAACCAAGUACAAGUUCCUCCGUUCCAGGGCGAGCCCGAAUGAUUCGCACCACCAACGGACCCACCAAAUCUACUCGAAAAGCAGAAAUUCGUCCCAACAACAACAAUCGACGUCUUCGAAACAUCUCCCGGAGUGAACCUUCCGUCACACCGCCUCCUCACACAGUAGAUCAUAAUUAUGGAGAACCGUCAUCACGCAGAACUCGGAACCGUCAACAGCUCUCCCGCCAUCAGAGAAACGCAGAUGAACUGGACCAUACGCCGGAUGAUCGCAGUGACGACAAUGAUGAAGACUUCAGCGAUGACGACGCCCCACUUAGACCGCGUGCUUGCACUCAAAUAAGUUCCCGUUUGCGCAGCAAAACGAAUUCGCCGGAAAAACGGAAAAAACCUUCAGCCACGUCCGAUGACGACGAACAAGUGGAAGAUUCCGAUGAAGAGUUUGUCAACGAUCCGGAGGAAGUGGAUUCCGAAGAAGAAGAAGCCACCGUUGACAGCACGGAUGACGAUUCUGACAACGUCCCAUUAGCUGCGACUUCCAAGUCCAAAAAUAGUAGAUCUCAAAUGGGCGCUUCUAGCAAUAAUGGCGGUGGCGGCAGCAGCAGAAGCAACAGCAGUAGACCUCAGACUUCAAGAAACGAUAGGGGAGGUGGCGGUGUAAGCAGUCGAACACGACAAAAGGAUCGCUACUCUUCCGAGGAUGAUCUAGGGGGUCCUGGUCCAUCCACUCUGCGCAACACCCGUAACCUGAAGCGACCGCAUUACAACGAGGAAAGCGACGAUGACGAUCCAACGAGUCGGCAGCGCCCGCCCAAACGCCCGACCAUGUUCGGUAUCGCAAGAAUUACCGCCCAUCCUCAGAUCAAUGGAAACGGCGGCGCCGCAAGUCAGGAGGACAGCGAUGCCAAUAGCGAAGAUAACGAAGCUCUCACCAGCGUCAGUAGUCGCGGUCGGGUGCGUCGAAUCAACCCGAAGAUGCGGAGAAUUUUCCGGGAGUAGCCGACACGUUCCUUGAUCUAGUUUGUACAGCUCCCUUCCUUAACAUUUGUAAAUUCUAUUGUUUCCUAGUUCGGUAAGCUUUCAAUCUUUGUUAGAUUUUGGAUUAGUAGGAUGAGAUGUUGAUAAGUAUAAGUGAAGUACACCUACGCAACCCUCGAACACAGGAGCGCACAUUCUGAGUGCGUUUAUCAAAACUGCCACAAUUUAUUCAAAAGAUAUAUAUUAUUUUGGUUUCCGACCUAUGCCGCAGCAACGAAUCGAAGCAAGUUUCCUUUCUUUCCGAGUUUAGACGUCCAAGAAAUGUCAACUUGCUGAACAGUACGAAUUAGAUUACGGAUCCUUCUACGCAGCGAUCCAUUUUCAAAUCAUUUGGCAGCUUUUCAGCAACGUUACAGAUUCUAUAGGAACAUUUUUUUUUGAAUUUGAAAAAAAAAAGACUGAUAUCGAAUUCCUAAAUUACAAAACAAUAGUCAAAGCAGAUGAUUCGUGCAACACAUGAUUUGGUUCGCCGUGUUAUCAGCGAGCGAGUUAGUUCGACCAUAAUCCAAACAGCCUCUUUUCAAUGAUUCAACCGUGUUUUAUAUUUGUACAAUUUCGCGAGUAGAGUAUGUAAUACAAAAUCGUUGUGAUUUCCUGUUGGAGAAGCGCAGCUGAGUUAUGUUUCGAGCGCAGAAAUCAUGAACUAUAGUCGAUAGGUUUAAACUUAUGUCGCCUAGUGAUUAGAGUUGUCAGUGAGUCGAAAAGUAAAGAGAGUAAUGCAGAAAUCGUAAAUAAAGUAAGACUACGAAAUUCUUGAAAAAAUCAAA